GUGGGGUUUAGAGGAAGCGGAAGUGUCAGAGCAGGCGGAAGUGGUACUGCCCUGAAUACCCUGAGCAGCAAGCAGAGGACGGCUUGAUAAACUCGCAUCUUCCAGAGAAUAAAAUCGGGAUUCCUAGUACGCUCUAAAUCCUAAAAAUGGAUAAGAACGACCUGGUGCAGAAAGCCAAGCUGGCAGAGCAGGCCGAGCGCUACGACGACAUGGCGGCUGCCAUGAAGGCCGUGACGGAGCAGGGCCUGGAGCUCAGCAAUGAGGAACGCAACCUGCUCUCUGUCGCCUACAAGAACGUGGUGGGGGCCCGCCGUUCAUCCUGGCGCGUCAUCUCCAGCAUCGAGCAGAAGACGGAGGGUAACGAGAAGAAACAGCAGAUGGCCCGCGAUUACCGUGUGAAGAUCGAGUCUGAACUCCAAGAAAUCUGCCACGACGUGCUGAAUCUGCUCGACAAAUUCCUCAUUCCCAAUGCAUCUCAGGCGGAGAGCAAGGUGUUCUACCUCAAAAUGAAAGGAGACUACUUCAGAUACCUGUCAGAGGUGGCCUCUGGGGAAUCUAAGAAGGACACGGUGGAGAACUCUCAGCAGGCCUACCAGCAAGCCUUCGACAUCAGCAAGAAGGACAUGCAGCCAACACAUCCCAUCCGGCUGGGCCUGGCCCUCAACUUCUCCGUCUUCUACUACGAAAUCCUCAACUCGCCCGAGCAGGCCUGCGCUCUGGCCAAGCAGGCUUUCGACGAGGCGAUCGCCGAGCUCGACACCUUGAACGAGGACUCGUACAAAGACAGCACGCUGAUCAUGCAACUACUAAGGGACAACCUGACUCUGUGGACAUCAGAAAACCAGGGAGACGAGGGCGAAACCGGCGAUGGAGAGAACUAGAGCGCACUUCACUGUUAACCCAUCCCCACUCUCUUCCUCUUCCUUUUAUCUCUCUUCCUCUUUCUUCUCUUCUUCCUCUCUUCGUACACAUAAACAGCCCGUUCAUUCCCUCGUCCCACUUUUUCAAGCCCAGCCUCCCGACUUCCCUUCUGUAUAACCAACAGCAUGAAUAGUACCUGACCUUCACAAAAGUUAGAAAAAAGGAGGGUGGUGGGGGUUGAAGAGAAACUACCCCAUCAACCCACCAUCCCUCCUCCCACCCUCCCUUGAUUAUGGCACUCCAAGGCAGGCCAGCAGACUAAAACCACUGGCUAGUCUAGUCUUAUAGCACACAGGGAGGGUAUUUAUCCAAAACCACAAAAUAAAUUGUCUUUUAGAGCCCACAUUCCCCCGUUUUUACCCUCCUUGUUUAAUCUUUUUCCUUCAUUCCUCCUGUUCUUCCCUCAAUCCUCUUCCCAACAUCUCAGUAUGUUCUCUCACCCUCCUCCCCCCUCCUCUCUCUAGCGAGUUAAUGCAUUUAUAUAGUUGUCCAUCCCUUCUCUUUUGGCUUUUCUUAGUGUACUGGCGAAUGGCUGGUUUUAUUCCACUUUAAACAAAACAAAAAAAGGUUAUUAAACUGUCCGUUUAUUUUCAACAAACACUGUGAUGCUUAGUUUUUCCUCCACCUCGCCACCAGAUCCUCGUUUGAUGGCAAAACAAUAUUCAGCUGGGAGGGGAUGUGUUUGAACAGCAGUGCAAUUCUGCUGAGGUUUAUACAGAAGGGUCCUCCUACAAGGCUGUAUUGUGACACUGACAAAUCUAAAAACAAAAGCGUUCUACCUGCUGUGUAAUCAAACACUCACCGUUUUUAUAUUAUUUUCUAACCAGGACCCAGAGUUUUAUUUGACGCCAUUUUGCAUAUUUCCAGGUCGGAGGUAAAACUAAUUUGAAAAAUUAUUAAAAGCUUAAAAAAAAGCAUUCCAUCUUAAUGUUUGAGAAGAUUUUAGACAUCUUCACAACAAAUUGGGACCUGCCUGCUUCCCUGGAUCAACCACCUGUCAAGGUGCUGUCGAACAUCAGUGCAGCCGUUCCUAAAGUUAAUUCCUUAACAUGUUCAUUUCCCUUUGCGAUUGCUUUUCUCUUUUUUUUUGUGUGUAUAACAAAUCAACCCCUUCUUUCAGGUUUUUGAAAACUGUAAAAUUGUAAAACAUUUUUAGAGCUUAACUGUAAAUCUGUUUUUGGAAAACAAAACGGUUUGUCAAUGUUGUUCGUUAACACCUGUGUGCAAUGAAAACCUUGAAGCCGUUAGUCAGCUGGUAUUUUAUGCUUUGGCAUUUUAGACCAGAUCAUUUUUGGGUACUUUCCCCCCCUUCCCCCCCCACCCUCUAUAUGCCCCUUAGCUUCUUGUACUAACAAGUUUAGAAAAGUCCUAAGUUUCCACUCGCUGCUGAAUGGUGUGAUCUACCAACAAGAAUGCAUGCUGUCAUUUUUAUCACCAUGUAAAUCUACCACAAGCAUCGAGUGGGGAAUUGUACACUCUUUAGAUUGACACUUAAACUUCUUGCUUCCUCAUUUCCAAAAUAUGAAAGGCAGUUGUGGCAGUGAGGUCAGGAGUUUUCCCUGCGACCUGAUUGUAAAACUUUUUGUCACCUUUUUCACAACAACUGCAAGAAAGGUGUAACCAAAUCCAACAAUUCGAUUCAGUACUUUGUGUAAGCCGGGGGCUUUUUGGGGUAAACCCAGCUGGCUUGUUUAACUGUUAAAUUUCUCUUUAGAAAAAAAGAAGGAAGCAGUGAUUUAAGUGUCACAGUUGACACAGUUUGAGUCCACAACAGGUACAGGUACAUGCAUUGAAGAAGCCAAAUCUUCCGGCAGCCGAUCAGCCAAUCAUCUGUAUGUGGAAGUGAGAACCUGUAGUUUGGAUCACAGUUAACGUAUUCAGGCUAGAGUUGAUAAACAUACUUACGCGUCGACCUUUUUAGAUUAUCUUUCGAAUGCAUUUAGAAAAGAGAAAACACUCAAUCGGCAGUCAACGGUACAUUUUCCGGCUUAUUUUUGGAUCGGAUCUUUUACAGUGUGUAUAUUUGAACUGGCAAAAAUCAGGCUCCUUGUGAUUUCUCUUGUUUAAACGACUACGCCCUGCCAAUAGCAAGAUACUGUAUGUGUUCAAAAGCAAUUCACAGCCCAAACUAAACUAGUCUUUUGUUCCAGACAUUGAGAAACAUCAGGGGAUGUCAGUCUGUCGAAAGCCCCUCUUUCUUCCAAAGUAGAAAUAGUUAAGUAAAUUUUUCUCUUCUCCACUCAGUGUCACAAUAACCUUGUCAUUAAUCAUCUCGACAUUCCACUCUGUAGGUGUAGAAAAGUCAUGUGUCUCAAUGUUUUUUUUUCUUUUGCUGGGGACAAAUGUUUUCAUGCACUGAAGUUUAAAAGGUAAAAAAAAAUUAUUCCUCCCUGCCGCUCUUUUUCUCGUUAGCUGAACAAAAAGGCAGUUAUUCUACGCUUUAUAAGGAAAAAAAUAUGAUCCCAUGCAGUAGUGAAUGUGGCACCGAGCCUGUCUGUAUAUCUGGUAUCUCAAAUCAUUUUGUUUUUACUGACCAGUAUUCUGCUUAAAAUAAAAAGGAAAAAAAAAAAAAUACCCAAAAAACAACAAAAAAGUUUGCUUCUGUGACGGUUUCAUUGCUUAGCGCGCACGUGGUUGUGAAAAUUUAGACUUAGCUUAAGGACACCAAUAAAAAUGAGAAAAUGACAAAAAAAAGGAAAAACCCCUCACCUCCCCCCCACCCUGGUUAUUGACGUAAUACUAGAUUUGUGUAUGUCUUUAAAAAAAAAAAAAUUCCAACUAGUUUCACCUUACAUGUUAUAAACAGGACAAAAAUGUAAAAGACAAUUUAAAGUGAAAUAAAGGUUUUAUCAGUUCCGAA